CAAUUGGUUAGAUUGUUGCACUUCACUCUGGAAGAGAACGAUUCGGUGUUCUAGUAUAAAAGCCACUGCCGGGUGCUGAAUCAAAUCAUAACAAGUGUAUCAAUAGCUUAUACCUCAUCCCUCCCAACUCAACAUAUCAAUCUUCGAAAAUGAAGUGCGUCAUUGCCGCUGUUGUCAUUGCCCUUGCCGUUGCUACGGAAGCCAGCUGGGGACCAUGGGGAACCGUCGUGCAGUCUAAUGUUCCAGCGUGGCCAGCAGCUCACUGGGCUGGUGCUUACGGAGCAUGGCCAGCUGCCGCUCACUGGGACGGAGCCGCCCACUGGGGUGGAGCUUGGCCUGUUGCUGCUCACUGGGGUGUUCCAGCUGCUUCGGUUGCUCACCAUGCCGGAGUUGUUCCCGGUGCAGUCUCUGUGAACGCUAACCGUGGCUCUGUCCAUGUUGCUCCACUCGCAGGUCAUGCCAUCUCCCAGAAACAGCUCAACCUUGCUCCAGCUCCAGGAACCAUCUAAGUUACCAAAACAAACGGAUUGAACCCACCUCUUAUGUUACAACAGGAAACAACAGGAUACUCAACUGACCCAAACGAAAACAAAAUGCGAUAAACUACUACAAUGCUCGUGAUACCGAUACCGAAGUUCUGUGUUGGACGUUUAACUCAUUAUCAUUAGAGGAUAUAUUUACCGUUGUAAAUAAAAAUAAACUCUCGAAAGCUUAAA